AUAGAACUUCGUUUAUAUCCAACUUUAUCAGGUCUAUUUUGGCCCAUAGCCUUAGUGCCAACUUUAAAGAGAUGCAAAGCUGGUUGUAAUGUUUGAUGCCACAGUUGCCAUAACAACGCAUUCAAAACUCAAACCAAGAAAAAAACGUGUUCUUAUUUUUAAAAUCAUCAAUAUUUUGUUUUUGUUUACUAUUACUUUUUGUUGUAUUCUAUUAGAAUCAUGAAAUUUGAACUUAAAGAGAGUUUUAAAGUCCAGAGCCGUAUUCAUCCUUCUUUCACCAAUGGUUUCUUAAAGGUUGAUGAAUCUGGUACAAAUCUCUUAUCGUCAUCUGGCAAUGCGAUUAAAAUCGAGUCUAUCAAUGACGGGUCCGAAGUUGCAACCAUCAAAGAGAAAGUAGAUUCAGAUAUUGAGGAUGAGGUUAUUGAUUUUGUUACUGGAUAUCACGAUGGCGUGGAUAAAGUGUAUGCUGCCUAUCGCAGUGGCCUUCUCAAGGAGUGGUCUUGGAAUAGUGAGGGUGCUACGCUGAGAAGAACUUGGAGAGGUUUACACACUGGACCAAUGUCAACGCUAGCAAUUAGUGAUGGUGGUAAAGGAAAUCUUCUAGCUACCGGGUCUAGUGAUACUAUUGUUAAAGUUUGGGAUGUGAUAAAACAAUAUUGUACUCAUCAUUUAAAGGGAUGUCGAGGUGUCAUUUCCUGUAUUCAAUUUUACACUAAAGCUGACAAAACUGAAUUAAUCGCGGCAUCAGGAGAUUUGAAUUACUCUGUUAAUGUUUGGAAAUUGGCUGACAGUCAGCUCAUCUCUAAUUUCGUUGGUCAUUGUAGCAGAGUUAUUGGAUUGCAAUUUUAUUCUCAUGAUGAAAAAAAUUUGAUUCUUUCUGCAAGUCGUGAUAUGUUAGCUAUCGUUUGGUCAAUUGACGAUGGAACUUCUUUGAGAAAAAUCCCUCUUUUUGAAGCAGUUGAAUCCAUGAUCUUAUUACCUGACAAUGCUAUUUUCGGUUUUAUUGGUGAUCAAAAACCAAAAGGCAAAGUCUUCCUAACUGGUGGUCCUAAAGGUAUAAUAAAAGCAUGGGAUACAUCAAGCGGUGCAUGUUUAUUUACUCAGAGUAAUUCAAUAUUGGCCAAUGAUAAUCAAAAUGAAAACCAAACUCCAGAAAUGAUUAUUCAAUGCCUUCUGCAUCCUGAUCUGAAUAAACUUCUUGUUGUUUCGUAUGAAAGGAACAUUUUAUUUUAUGAUCUUCAAUCCUUUGAACUAGUUCGUCAAGCAAUUGGAAACAUUGAUCAAGUUUCAGAUAUCAAGUUCAUUGGUCCUGCUGAGAAACACAUUGUUGUAGCUACUAACUCACCUAAUAUGACAAUAUUCCACAUUGAAACUAUGGAAUCAUCAAUAAUCAAAGGACACUCAGGAAUAGUUCUAUCCCUUCAAGUUUACCCAACAAAUAAAACACUUUUUGCCAGCUCUUCAAAAGACAAUGAUAUUCGUCUUUGGUCUUUCAAUCCAAAUACAAUGUCAGCACAGUGUUUAUAUAUUGCAAGUGGUCAUUCCCUUUCUGUCAUAACUUUAGCAGUUCCAUUCAAAUCAACAAAUUGGCUAUUUUCGGCCUCUGAAGACACUACUAUGAAAGUUUGGAAGAUUCCGACGAAAAUAAAAGUUGAACCUGACUCUAAAGAAAUUCAUCUUUCAACCCUGGAAACAGUUAAAGCCCAUGAUAAAGAUAUCAAUGGACUAGCUAUUGCUCCAAAUGAUAAGUUCAUUGCUUCAUGUUCACAAGACAGAACCGCUAAACUUUGGAGUUUCGAUAAAAAUCUGAGCCUUGCGGGGACUCUGAAAGGACAUCGAAGAGGAAUCUGGUCUAUCGCUUUCUCUCCAGUAGAUGUGAUUGUUGCAACCGCAUCAGCCGAUACAACUAUAAAACUUUGGUCUCUCAAUGAUUUCUCUUGUCUUAAAACACUUCAGAGCCAUGAAAGCUCAGUACUGAACUUCGUCUUUGUUAAUCGAGGUAUGCAAAUAAUUUCCAGUUCAUCCGAUGGUAACGUAAAACUGUGGACAGUAAAAACUGGAGAGUGUUCAACCACUUUAGAUGCUCAUGCAGCUAAAAUUUGGGCAUUAACAGCAAGUGAAGAUGAGAAGUUACUGGUAACUGGAGGUGAAGAUUCUCAGAUUAUUGUGUGGAAAGAUGAUACUGUUGAGAAGAAGGAGGAAGAAGCCAAGAAAGAAGAACUUUUCAUGGCUAAUGAACAAAAACUCAUGAAUUUAAUACAACAACAGAAAUGGACAAAAGCAUUGAAACUUGCUAUAAAAUUGGAGCAACCCUUUAGAGCUUUGAAUAUUGUAAAAGAGAUACUUUUCACGACAAAUCAAGAUCAAUUACAAGUCUUGGAAUCAUCUUUAAAGGGUUUACGAGAAGAUCAACUUGUUUCUUUACUCAAAUAUGCUAUCAACUGGAAUACUAAUAGUAAAAAUAGUGAAGCAGCUCAAUACAUCUUCAGGGUAACUUUAAACUUCCUUGGACUUGAAGGAAUACUAAAUUUACCCGAAUCAAAAGAAAUCGUGGAAGGUUUCUUGUCAUAUACUAGUAGACACAUGAACAGAAUCAAUAAAUUAUCCGAACAGAUAAGUGUUAUUAACUUUUUAUAUUCAAAUAUUAAGUUAGAUAAUUGAAUCCUAUCUUGUUUCUAGAAAAAAAUAUUGAAUGAAAAAGCAUUGUAAAUAUAUUUUUUGUUAAUAAAGUAAUUGCAUAGAAUAUUUAUGCAUGCAAGAAUAAAU